AUGAAGAGAGAAAAAUUUGAUGUGGUUCAGCGUAAGAGAAAUUUCACUGGUUGUGUUGUAGUGGAACCUAGAGGUGCUUCUGGUGGGCUGGCCUUGCUCUGGAAUGACUUUGUCACUCUAAAUGUUCUGAGCUCUGAUGCAAGAAUUGUGGAUGUGGAAGUCACUGCGGCCGAUCACCCACCUUUUUUUCUCACGUGGGUGUAUGGUGACCCUUUAAGGCAUAAAAGAAAAGAGGUGUGGGAUCGCAUUACUUCCAUUGGGGGGCAACGACAAGGCUAUAAACUCCAAUACACUUGCCCAUUGAAUUACCAUCUCUCAUCCGUUGCGGACUUUAUUGAUCGUGGAAACCGGACUUGGCGUAUGGAUUUACUACAACUUUACUUUCAACCUUCUGACAGAGAAGCCAUCCUUAAAAUCCCUCUUAGUUUAUUUGUGGCUGAGGAUAAGCGUAUCUGGGGACCAUUACCGAAUGGGAUCUUCAGUGUCAAAUCAGCGUACCAAAUGCUGGUGAAAAUGCAGGAUGAGAAAGAGGCUGCAAAUGCAUCAUCAUCAAGGGUGCGUAAUUGGGAUCUUGUUCCAGAUUCUAUUUGGAAGCACAUCUGGGCUAUAAGAACCUUACCCAAGAUAAAAACCUUCAUUUGGCAUGCAUGGAAUGAAGGUUUAGCUACUGGAGAUGGAUUAGCUAACCGCAAGGUUCCUAUUGACCCGGUUUGCGCUAGAUGUGGAACACAAAGGGAAACAAUGGGACACCUGCUCUUUGAAUGUUCGUUUUCCAGAGCAAUAUGGUUUGGAAGCUCUCUAACGCACUCUCCCUCCUUUACCUCGGCUCCAUCUCUACAUGAAUGGCUAAGUGGUUGGGAUGUGCUAUUUCGCAAGGAUAAAGGGUUGGCUCGAGAAUCACUUGCGAAAGCUUCUUUCAUAUGCUGGUACAUUUGGCGUGCAAGGAAUGACAUGGCUCAUGCUCCUGCUACUUCUCCGACGUCAAAUGAUAAGGCGUGUUGGGCUCUCCCUCCUGUUGGUGUGCUGAAGGCAAACUGUGAUGCAGUACUUACAAAGGAUAAAUCUAGAGGGGGCUUGGGGGUUAUUUUCAGAGAUCAUAGAGGUGUACAAAUGAAGGCCCUCUCGAUCCCCUUCCAUCUCAGUUCGGUUCUUCAAGGGGAAGCAGCGGCAGUUCAAAGUGCUCUUAUCCAAGCCCUUGAAGAUGGACACCAACGAUUGCAAGUGGAAUUUGAUAGCAAGGAACUUCUCUCCUUUCUCCUCGACCCCAACCGUGUACCACCCUCUGAAGCGGCUAUCAUGAUUGCGGACGUAAGGCGAUUAGUUGCCUCUUUUAUGUCUAUUUCCUUUCUUUGUAUUCCAAGGGAUCUAAACUCUAUUGCAGAUACCCUGGCUAGGAAGGCCCUGUCCAUCAUGUGUAAGAUAGAUUGGCCGCUUACCAUUCCGUGGCUUCAUACCCUUUGCCUAAAUGAAGCCACUGGCUGUACACAUGCCUUUGAUCAGUAA